AUGGCUGCGGCACGAGCACCAGUGCUGCGGCAUCUCCUGAGCUGCCAAACGCGCACACUGCGGGCCUCAAACCAGCGGCGCUGGGCCCAAGUGCACGAUGUCCGCUUCCUGGCGACGACACAGCAGCCGCGCAACGUGCUCGAAAAGUACCGCGAGAAGCUCGACCGCAAGGCCCGCGAGGAGGGCCACGCAGAUAUCGACUCGCUCAAGGCCGCCUACGCCGACAAGAUCCGGGCUGUGCGCAAGGAGGCCGACAAAGUCACCCUUCCUUCGGCUCCCCAACAACAACAACCACCAUCAUCAUCUUCAUCAUCCUCCUUCUCAAGCUCCUCUACACCCACCACCAAAUCCCAACCAACAACAACAAUACCAAAGCAAUCUUCUCCCUCCUCACCAACAGGCAUCAAACCCCUCUCCGAAAUCCUCGACCUACCCAAAGCGCGGACCCUCCCCAUCAAGGAACUAACCGCCAUCUGGCGGCUGCACCACGCGUCGCGCGGCAACUCGCUCUGCGCCGUGGUCCCCGCGGACACCUUCGCGGCGAUGGAGAGCGCGGCGCGCAACAACCCGCAGUUCGUCCUGCCGGUGCCGCACCCGGAGCAGGGCGCCGAGAUGCACUUCCUGCAGUGGACGUGGGACGCGGCGACGCGGAGCGCGACCGUCCUGUUCACCCAGCUGGCCGAGUACAAAGCGCGGGGCGAGUUUGCGGCGCCGCACACCACCGUGACGCACUACAAGGAUCUCGCGGGGGAGAAGGGCGUGGUGUUGAUGCAAGGCCUGGUGGUGGAGGAUCGCGGGGUGAAGGUGGAGGAUGCGAGGUGGUUGGUCAUGUGUCUGCAGAGGUUCUAUGGCGGGUGGGAUGGUGUGGGGGAUAACAAGGCGAGGGAGAGGGCGGAGGAGAGGAGGAGGUUGCUGGAGUGGUUUGGCAGGGGGGAUGGCAGGUUCAGUGUCGAGCGGUUGAUGGAAGAGGCUGAGAGGAUGGGGUAA